AUGUGUUACUAUGGCAACUACUAUGGAGGCCUGGGUUAUGGCUAUGGUGGGUAUGGUGGCUGGAGUUUCUAUGGUGGCUAUGGUGGCUGUGGUCUCUGUGGUGGCUAUGGUUGCAGGUGCUGCUGCCCACUGUGCUAUGGAAAGUACUGGUCCUAUGGCUUCUACUGA